AUGAUACGGGCAGUUAAAAGUAAACUUAUGCAAGGGGACGUCAGUGGGGCAGUCCGGGUGAUCUCUUCAAACACGCCCGUGGCGCCUCCUUCAGAGGCCGUGUACUUGGAAUUGUGCCACAAGCAUCCUAGUGCCCCUGAAAAUCUUCGAUUAACGUCCAAUCCGUGCUCGGCCGAUGUCCCCCAUACGACUAACUCCGAGGUCUCAGCUGCUUUGUCGUCCUUCCCGCUCAGCAGCAGUGGAGGCAUUGACGGAAUAAAGCCCAUACAUCUGAGGGACCUUAUAUCUCCUUUGACUGCCGACUCGGGCCGUGCUCUCCUGGAUUCGAUCAAUCGGCUUUGCUCUCGAAUUGUCACGGGCGCCAUCCCUGCUGUUGCGAGGGAUCUCCUAUUUUCGGCCAAUCUAACAGCUCUCCGUAAGAGUGAUGGCGGUUUACGGCCAAUUGCAGUUGGUAAUGUCUUCAGACGCCUUGCUGCCAAAAUAAUGUCACGUCGUGUUAUUCCGCAAUUGUGUCGGGAAUUCUUGCCAUUCCAGUUCGGCGUUGGUGUUAAAGGGGCCUGUGAAGCACUAGCUCACGCCUCUCGCCAGGUGACUAUUUCGAAACCGAAGAAUGUACCCUUCUUGCUUAAGCUCGAUGUCAAGAAUGCUUUUAAUAGUGUCAGAAGAGACCACAUGCUUGAGGCUGUUGGUGAACGUUGCCCUGAUCUUCUCCCAAUUGUAUCCUUGGCCUAUUCCUUGCCGAGCAGCUUACUUUUUUCCGGAAAAGUUAUCAACUCUGAGUGUGGAAUCCAACAGGGCGACCCCCUCGGUCCUCUACUAUUCGCUGUCUGUGUUGAUCACGUUGCACGUGGCAUUUCUUCGCCUAUCAAUUUUUGGUAUUUGGAUGACGUCACUCUUGGUGGGCCUUUAGAAGUCAUUAUGGACGACGCCUCGAAGAUAAUAUCUGAAUUUUUGAAGAUUGGCCUUUCUCUAAAUGGUGCAAAAUGUGAACUAAUCGGACUUACGGAGCCGCUAACCCAACAGAGUGAGGUUUUUAUGGCCCUUUCGGAGAAAAUUGACGGCCUUCGUAUAACCGCUCUCGCGGAUCUUGUGAUUCUGGGUUCACCGAUUUCUGAUAAGGGAAUUGCGAAGGCUAUCGUUUCACAACGAGAUAAGAUUGCUCCUCUCUGCGACCGAUUACGACUGUUUGGCUCCCAUCUGGGGCUGUUUUUGCUGAAAAACUUUCUUUUUAUCCCCCGUUUAACCUUUUUGCUCCGAACGUCUCCUUGUUUUCGCUCACGUCAAGAACUUUUGGAUUUGGAUGACGCGGUUACAUCAUCAUUACAGUUACUACUGAACACUUUGUUCACUGACGUGGGACGUACACGUGCCGCACUUCCACUCCGCUUUGGUGGCCUUGGGGUUCGUUCUUGUGCAGAUCUUGCUUUGCCUUGUUAUCUCUCGUCGAUGUCUGCUUCCGGCAAUUUCGUUCGCUCUGUUCUUAUCAACUCACUCGAACUUGAUGAGCUUACGGAAUACCCUGUUGCUGUUCUCGCCUGGAGAUCGCUCGGACUUGGCCUUCCGGAGAUUCCUUCAAUACAGAAGAGUUGGGAUGUCAUCUGGUGCACACACCUGUUGGAGAGUCUUCGCACGCGAGUCGACCAGUUGGAACUGGCUUCUUUGAACUGUGCCUGUCAGCCUCACUCAGGAGACUGGCUAAACGCACUUCCGUUGGCGUCCAAUGGUCUGCUUAUGGAAGACGAAACUAUACGUAUCGGAGUGUGUCUUCGACUUGGACUUGAAAUCUGCCAACCUCACCGUUGUCGCUGUGAUUUUUUCAGAUUAUAG